AUGGCCCCGGGAGUCACACGUUACAAGGCUGAUUUUCCCAGUGGGGAAACUGAGGUGGGGAAAGGGGAAGAUAUCUCCCAGAGCCCACGUGGUCAUGUCCUUUGUGGAGCUGCCCUUGAAACGCUGGCUGUUGACCUUCAGGCCUUAGGAGAGGCGGCUGAUUGCAGAGGGAAGAGCACUGACCAUGUCUGGAGGCACGGGUCCUCGUUCGGGUCUGAAAAUGGUAUCAGCAUAUCAAUCCAGCUGGCUUCCCCAGCCCCAUCGUUCCUGGUCAUCGUCAACCGAAAUACAGAAAGAGUCCUUACACAGGGGGGCAGCUCUAGCUAUGGUGCCACCCACUGUGAUGGGAUUCUCAACUUCAUAUCCCCAUGUAUUUUUUUCCUCAGUAAUUUAUCCUUCCUUGAUAUCUGUUACUCCACCAGCUGGGAACCAUAUGUCUUGGCCCAAUGCUUCAGGGACUUCCCCAUUAUUUUCUAUACCAGCUGUUAUGCCCAGAUGACCACAUCCCUCUUUCCAGGGAUGACAGAAUGUCUCUUCCAUGCUGUCAUGGUUUAUGACAGGUUUGUUGCAAUCUCCAAUCCCCUGCAUUACACCACCAUUAUGAAUAAUGAAGUUUGCGUACAGUUGGCCUUGGGAACCUGGGCAAGUGCAUUCUUAGUAGCAGUCUUACCAUUCAUUGCAAUUCCUGCUUGUUAUUAUGGACAGAAUGCCAUCAGCCAUUUUACCUGUGAGAUCCAGGCCCCGCUGAAGCUCAUCUGCUCAGACAUUCCUGUCAGUCUGAUUCUGGGUCUGGUUAUCAGUGUGUUCAUAUUGACCUUGCCUUUCACUAUCAUCCUUAUUUCCUACUUCCACAUUGUGGUUAUCGUGCUGAGGAUCCAUUCUGUAGAGGCCAGCCUCAAAUUUUUCUUCACCUGUGGACCUUAUCUAACUGUGGUCAACAUAUUUAAUGGUAUAGCCAUCUACAUGUACCUGAAACCUCAAAGAAAUCUCAGGAAG